UCGUUGCAGUGGAAAAUGACGUGCGCAAGGUCAUAUAUAGCUCUUGUGAUUGUUUCCAUUCAAUUCAGUAGCCACGUAACAUAUAUAGGAAAAGUCUACAUAUUGAACAUCUCGAGGUAUAUGAUCUCCACCAAUUCCUUGAUUACUGUACAAUCAGAUGCCAGACCUUGUUGGAUCGAACCUUCCAUGUGCUUGCUAAGAUCCUCUUUAUCGAAAAAAGAGCUGGCAAUGCGUUCGACUCCAGCCGCCUAGCCAAGGGCUGAUUCGCAGGUAAUGGAAGUGCACAUGGUCUGAUCUUCCUGCAACUUGGUCAUACUUUGAUGCAUUUGGAAACAAUUGGAGGGGCAUUAGUUGUGGACAUCAGUAGAGAAAGAGAAGAUGGAGUUUGUGGUGGGUGCCUCGGAUGCCACCAUGAAAUCUCUUCUGGGCAAGCUGGGCGGCCUUCUUGCCCAAGAGUACACUGUUAUCCGUGGCGUCCGUGGUGACAUCCAGUACAUCAGUGACGAGCUCGCCACCAUGCAGGCGUUCCUUGGCGACCUGGGCUCUACCCGGGACGGGCGCGACCGCCGACUCAAGGAUUGGAUGAAGCAAAUCCGGGACAUGGCUUAUGACAUGGAAGAUUGCAUCGACGACUUUGCCCACCGCCUCCCUCACGAUUCCCUCAGCGAUGCCAGAUGCUCCUUCAUAGUAACCAGAGUCCACGAGCUGUGGACGUUCUGGCCUCGCCGUGAAAUUGCUUCGAAGAUCUCUGAGCUCAAGGUCCGAGCACAGCAGAUUGCUGAACGACGCAGCAGAUAUGGACUGGACAAUCCAACCCCAUUCAGUGGCAACGGCAACGGCAACAUUGGCAGCUCUGCAACAACGGGCAGCAUUGCAGAGCACCUAAUCACCAAGCGUCAGCUCAUCCACACGGAGCAGCCCGUGGGCGCGGUGACGAACAUGACCAAUCUUAGGGAGUGGCUAAAGAAACAUAGUGACUCUGUAAAGCAUCGAUCUGUUCUGUCCAUAGUUGGUUUUGGUGGUGUGGGAAAGACAACCAUAGCGACAGCAUUGUACGUGGAAUUCAGGAAUGAAUUCGACUGCCGGGCAUUAGUCACUGUCUCCCAGAACUAUGACGAAGAUCAAGUCCUCAGGGAUAUUCUGGGUCAGAUCAAACCCACUGAUACUCCAGCGCAGAUCAAGACCCAUGAAAGGGAACUGGAGCAGGAAAGCACUGGGAGGCGGUUGGAGAAGAGCCUUGCUGCAGACAUUAUGAGCGCAGUGAAGCGAUUUCUGCCAUUGAAGUAUCAAGGCAGUGGCGGCAGCUCCAAUUCUGUGAAGAACAAAAUAGAAGCAAUGAGCCGUGACCAACUUGUUGAAGAACUGAAAACGCGCCUGCAUGGAAAGAGGUACCUCCUCUUGGUUGAUGAUGUAUGGUCUGCGGAAACAUGGGAGCACAUUAGAAACUGUUUGCCACAUGAUAAUAUAGAAGAUAGCAGAGUAAUAGUCACUACAAGAUUUCAGGCUGUUGGUGCAUCUUGCUCUGAAAGAGAUGGAACUGAUCAUCUGCAUAGAGUUAGUGUUCUUACCGGUGAAGACUCCAGCAGUCUAUUCAACCUAAGUGUUCAUGAAACAGUCAGUGCGAGAUCUGAAGCUCUUGAUGGAAAUAGUGAACAUAAUAAUCACUCUGAAGGCUCACUUAAUCAUAGUGUUUCUGAAUCCGAGAACCACAUAAGCAGUGACAAUAAAGAGGCUCUCGAAGAGAUAUGUCAAUUCUGUGGGGGUCUUCCUUUGACCAUAGUCAGCAUCGCUGGUCUUGUUGCCUGCAACCCAGAAAAAAAGAGCGACUAUUGGAGUAAAAUUUUCAAAUCAUUAUUUCCAGAGCAGGCAUCUCCUCUUACCUUGGAUGGAGUCACAAGAAUACUUGAUUACUGCUACAAUGACUUGCCUCCAGACCUGAAGACCUGCUCAUUAUACCUGAGCAUAUUUCCCAAGGGCGUGACCAUAAGUAGGAAGCGCCUCACUCGGCGAUGGAUAUCGGAGUGUUUUGUGACAGAGAAGCAGGGGCUGACUGCAGAGGAAGUCGCAGAAACAUACUUUAAUCAGCUCAUAGGCAGGAAGAUAAUACGUCCUGUGGAUCACAGCAGCAAUGGGAAGGUAAAAUCCUUCAAAGUGCAUGACAUGAUUCUUGAAUACAUUGUGUCCAAAUCAGGCGAAGAGAAUUUCAUUACAGUAGUUGGUGGCCACUGGCUGAUGCCAACUCCUAGCAACAAAGUCCGUCGGCUCUCCAUGCAAAGCAGUGGUUCCAAUCAUGUGAAUAUGACAAAAGGCAUGAACUUAUCUCAGGUUCGGUCACUUACUGUCUUCGGAAGCCAGAAUCGGCGACUGCCUUUCCAUUCAUUCAAUAAUGGGAUAAUACAAGUGCUAGAUCUUGAGGGUUGGAAGGGUUUGGAGCAGACGCACCUGAACGACAUAUGUAAAAUGGUUGUGCUCAAGUAUUUGAGCCUAAGACGGACAGAUAUCUACGAGAUUCCGUCCAAGAUCGAGAAGCUCCAGUACCUGGAAACUCUUGACAUAAGGGAGACAAAUGUUGGGGUGCUGCCCAAAAGCUUUGGCCAGCUCAAAUUUCUCCGUAGCAUGCUUGGAGGGAGUAAAAGCCCACCUAAGGCACUCAAGUUACCUCAGGAGAAAAAUAACGAGCCAAUGAAAGCACUUCGUAUACUAUCAGGGAUUCAGAUCACAGAUGAAGACACAGAAGCUGUAGCAAGCCUUCAUCAGUUAACAGGGCUAAGGAAGCUUGCAAUUUACAAGCUCAAUAUAAAGGACGGUAGUAAGGCCUUCAAACAAUUGGUCUCCGCCAUUGAGUACCUUUGCAGUUGUGGCUUGCAGACUCUGGCUAUCAAUGAUGAGGGCUCUGAGUUCAUCAACUCGUUAGACACCAUGUCCGCUCCUCCAAGAUACCUCAUUGCACUAGAGCUCUCUGGCAAGAUGGAAAGGACCCCAAUAUGGAUACAAAAUCUCGACAAUCUCUACAAGCUGACCCUUUCAGUGACAGUUCUGCAGACUGAAACUUUCAGUCUCAUCCAGAACCUGAACAAAUUGUUUUGUCUCACGUUUACACAUAGUGCAGGGACGGAUGAUAGUGACAUAGUGGACAUCCUUGAGGAAAAUAAACAGCAUACUGAUAGGGAGAUCAUUGUUCCACCUGGAGGAUUCAAGAGUCUGAAGAUGCUUCGCUUCUUUGCAACUCUUGUGCCUAGACUAAGCUUUGCAGUUACUGGAGAAGAGGUAAUGCCUGCGCUGGAGAGGAUUGAUAUGAAUUUUCAAGCUUUCGAAGGGAUUUACGGCAUAGAGACUCUUAAAAGUCUACGAGAGGUGCGUCUCGCUGUUGCUAAUCAAGCCGAUGAAAUAACCAAAUUCUUGGUCAAAGAUAUGAAGGAUCAGGCCAACCUCUACGUCAAUGGUAGGCCAAUAAUAAUAUCUGAUUGAAAAGAUGAGUAGAAUAAUAAGGCUCAACUGAAUGUAUUAUGGUGCCGAGAUACAGCUAUAAGUACACAGGUAAUGGUCAUCAUGUGAAACAUGCAUGGGCACGAACAAGUGCAUGCAAGGCCUUGACUAAGCUAUCCCUAGAGACUAGGAUCGGAUAGUUACAGAGAAUGCAACGGUACAACAUACAGUGUUCAACAAGAUGAUCCUAUCCUUCUUAUUCAUCAAC